CACAACGGUUUGUUGAAGUGGCCGUCACGCGGUGGACUUGUGAUGGCGUGUCUCGGGUGGCGACAACGGCUUGGCCCGUGAUGAACCAACUGCCUUUGAGGUAGGGUUGUCAUGGGGGAUGUCCUUGGCCCGGAAUAGGGGCGACGGUUAAGUAUAAGUAAGCUCGCUUCGGCGAGGGUUUUGCAUCCAUUUACCCCGGGCCAUUCACCACCACAAGAAGCAGCAUUACCGCAUAGUUCUUCACCUUGGUCAUCAACACCACGGUUGACAUCACAAUCAACCUAAGCCGCAGUCAAUCACUCAACAUCCAACCAACCCUCCACCAACUUCAACCACACCAGUUGAACCACAACCGCACCGCCAAAAUGCCCUCACUCAAAACCCUCCUCCUCGCCGGGCUCACAACCCUCACAGCCACCACCCUGGCAGCACCCACCACCACCCCCAACCCCACCACCGCCCUCAUCUCCAAACGCGCCACCUACCACCCCUCGGAGAGCGCCGAAAACGACUACUGCGGCGAAGCCAACCCGCGCGCCACCUCCGGCGACGACAGGCCCCUCGUAGACGACUGCACCGCCCUGCGCGCGGCGCACGAAGCGUCGGGCUACUGGCUGGUGACGGCGGCCGAGACGCGGGCGGCGCAGGACUCGGGCGCGGAGCGGUGGACGCGGUUGGACGAGAAGGGGACGUGUGCGUUCGAGGUCAGGCUGAGCACGGAUAAUGAUGGCGAGGGGGAGCCGGGGGUCGUGGAUUAUCGGUUUGGGACGAAUGAUUUGCGGUUUUAUAUUAGUGCGCAUGCUGGGAAGGGCAAUGCGGUGGAUGGGAGGGUCGGGGUCAGCAGUGGGGUGUGGUGUCGCAGGGUGGAGGGGGAGCAGGUGAGGGUGGAUUGGAGGGUUGUGAGUUCUUGAGUUGGGGGUGGGUGGUGAUGGUGAGGGAGUUGGGGGUGAAAAGGGGUAAGGGUGGGAAUGACUGGGACUGGAGGACAGGGGGGUUCGCCUGGAGAUACUCAACUAAACGUCUGGGUCAUUGGCUGGGCCGGUCCGAUUAGCGUUCGUAGCGGUGCCUACGUCACCUUCAUCGGGGUUUCACUCCAUAUUUUCUCACUUGAUAUUGCUCCGCUUACUCUUCAACGUGUCUU